CGGGGCCUCCUCCCUCCCGGCCUGGCCUCACAGGCCUCGCUCGGACCACGGAAGCCCUUCCUCGCCGCCCGUCAAUCAAGGCCGGGGAGCAGGACGUAGCCAAUGGGGUUCCUCCGGUGGGCGGGGCGUCCCGGGCUCAGCCAAUGGGAGGGGCGGGGGCGGGCUCCGGGGAAGGAGGAAGACGAGGAGGAAGAUGGCGGCGCCUGGCCUGGCCUGAGGCCUGGUCUGUGUCUGUGAGGCGGGAAGGAAGGCGGCGGAGAGAGAGAGAGGGAAAUGAAGACCCUAUGAAGUCACCACAGGCAUAAAAAGAAAAUAUCUAUUGGAGAUUGAGGAAUUUGGAAAUCAAAGGGCAAUAAUGAAAGAAAUCCUGGGGGAAGAAGAAAUCCUCUCUAGGUGCCAAUCUUGUGGAACUCAAUUUUGAUUAAAAAGAAAAAGGUAACACUCACAUGUCUGUAACGCAGUCAAUCAUAUACAUAACUGUCAACAUGGAGGAGAAACCCUUUGAGUGUGGAAAGAGCUUCAACUGGAGGAGCUAUCUGCUACGGCAUGAAAGGACUCACACUGGGGAGAAACCCUUUGAAUGCCUGGAGUGUGGACAGAGUUUCACUCAGAGUUCAGGCCUACGUUCACAUCAAAGGACUCACACUGGGGAGAAACCCUUUGAAUGUCUGGAGUGUGGACAGAGUUUCACUCAGAGUUCAGGCCUACGUUCACAUCAAAGGACUCACACUGGGGAGAAACCCUUUGAAUGUCUGGAGUGUGGACAGAGUUUCACUCAGAGUUCUGGCCUACGUUCACAUCAAAGGACUCACACUGGGGAGAAACCCUUUGAAUGUCUGGAGUGUGGACAGAGUUUCACUCAGAGUUCAGGCCUACGUUCACAUCAAAGAACUCACACUGGGGAGAAACCCUUUGAAUGUUUGGAGUGUGGACAGAGUUUCACUCAGAGUUCAGGCCUAUGUUCACAUCAAAGGACUCACACUGGGGAGAAACAAUAUAAAUGCUUGGAGUGUGGACAGAGCGUCACUCAUGGUUCAGGCCUACGUAGACAUCAAAGGACUCACACUGGAGAGAAACUCUAUACAUGCCUGGAGUGUGGACAGAGCUUCACUCAGAGUUCAGGCCUACGUAGACAUCAAAGGACUCACACUGUGGAGAAACCCUAUACAUGCCUGGAGUGUGGACAGAGCUUUGCUCAGAGUGGAAGUUUACAUUCACAUCAAAGGACUCACAGUGGGGAGAAACCUUAUAAAUGCCCGGAGUGUAGACAAAGCUUUGCUCAGAGUGGAACUUUACAUUCACAUCAAAGGACUCACACUGGGGAGAAACCCUAUAACUGCCUGGAGUGUGGACAGAGCUUCGCUCAUAGUUCAGGCUUACGUAGACAUCAAAGGACUCACACUGGGGAGAAACCGUAGAAAUCCAUGGUGUGUGCACAGAGCUUUUCAUGGAAUAAGGUUAUACAUACACAUCAUAGAAUUCACCCUGGAAAGAAUGGUGUUAAUUGACACCAGAGUGUCAUUCUAACAUGUACAAAAGCAACUCUUGCAAAUUUUGGAAAUGCAAGCUCAAAGUUGGGACAUUUCAUCACAUGUUGUGUAUUGUAGAAAGAUUGAACUAAAAUACGUUCCAUUCUGGAAGGAAACAAGGUUAAAUGAAACUAGAGUUUUAUAUGUUGAGAAUGUUGGAUGAUCAAUUAGAAUAAAAGUAUGGGUAGUUACGGCGA